GCUACUUGACGCGUGCGGUACUCCAAACUAACUGACAUCCACAACUGAAAGUGCUGCUUGAAAAUGGUGAAAAAUCGUCGUUUCGCAGAUGAAAAUGCGUAUGGCACUCGUCAUCUGCAGAUCUUUCUGCUCUGCACUGGCCUCACCGUCGGCUUCGCCAUGCGCGUCAAUCUGUCCGUUGCUGUUGUCGCUAUGGCAGAUCUGCCUGAGUUUCAGUGGUCGGAGAAGAUCAAGGCCUUGGUACUCAGCAGCUUCUUCUGGGGCUACCUGUUUCCACAGCUGCCUGCAGGUCCUUUGGCUCGUAAAUACGGCGGCAAGGUGAUGAUACUCGCUGGUCUUGCCAUGUCUGCGGUUUUAAAUGUGCUGACGCCCAUGCUCGCCUACAUGGGCAAUUGGAAACUGAUUUGCGCAGUGAGAUUGCUUGAAGGACUCGGUCAAGGCGUGCUCUUUCCCUCGGUGCAUACUGUAAUCUCCGCUUGGGUACUGCCCAAGGAGCGUGCGUCUAUGGGCAACUUUACCUAUGCGGGAAAUCAGUUUGGCACUAUAGCUAUGCUGGCCUCCAGUGGACUGUUGGCCUCCAUAGGCGGUUGGCCACUAAUCUUCUAUGCCUCAGGCGGCGCUGGCUGCAUUUGGUCGGUGGUGUACUUCAUAUGGGGCGCUAGUUCGCCCAAGGACUCCAAGACCAUAACUGCAGAGGAGCGCGAGCUGAUUGAGAUGGCACAGGCCGGCGAGCGUUCGGAGAAUGCCGAGCAACCGCACAGUGGGCAGGCCACGCCUUGGAAGAGUUUAUUUACAUCAAGGGCAGUGCUGGCGCUCGUGGUGGUGCAAUCUUCAUAUGCGUAUGGGUAUUGGACCAUGUUGACGCAGAUUCCGAGCUACAUGAAGAAUGUCCUGGACAAGGACAUCAAGGCAAAUGCGCUGCUCUCUGCGCUGCCCUACACUGCCAUGUUGUGCUUCUGCUUCUUCUUUGCCUGGAUCUCGAAGCUCAUGCAGAACAAGGAUUCCAUUUCGCUGUCCUUCAAUCGCAAGUUCUUCAAUACGAUCGGCAUGUGGAUACCAAUGUGCCUGCUGAUUGGCCUCGGCUAUGUGCCCAAGGAUAACGAUACCCUUGCCGUUGUCCUGCUCACAUCCACCGUAGGCAUAACCGCUGCUACCCACGUGGGCUUCCUUAUCAAUCACAUCGAUCUGACGCCAAAUUUUGCCGGCAUUCUCAUGGGCAUCUGCAAUGCCGUUGCCAACGUCAUGAGUCUCCUGGCCCCACUGCUGGUUGGAGUUAUAGUAACAGAUAAGCAUGAUGCUUCCCAGUGGCGCUGGGUUUUUGUCAUUGCCGCCGGCGUCUACUUUACGGGCAAUAGUUUCUUCCUAAUCUUUGGUCGCACUAGUGUGCAAUCUUGGAACGAGCCACCCACCAAGCUGCGACGCAACUCUACGGCCGUACUGGAGGCGCACAAGGUUUAAGCAAAUGACUCUAUAGUUGUAUUCUAUUUUUAUAACGUUGUUUAAAGUAAAGCUCUUAAAUCAUAUUUUCAUGAACUUGACGAUCACGAGUGUAAGACGGCACUUUAUAAAAUUAAUUUACUGUGUCUUGUGUACACAUACAGUGAAUACAAAUUGCCAUUGCCAUUGCCAUUGAUAGCUAAGCUUCCCACCAGUUAAAUAAAAAGCUUUGGCUAGUUAUAGCAAACAGUAUGGCAUAAUUUUGGGGCAAGAUUAAGUAAACACUUGAAAUCAAAAAUAU